UGUUUUUGAAAGAGUCUCGCGCGAGUGUGUGUGAGCACGCCUUGCGUCUCGCCUUGCCUCUUCUUUGUGUGCGCUUUGUUUGCUGAGGGUGGCGUACUUCAUAUUAAGACCAUAAGUCGUCAAGUGCGUAUUUGUUUCGUGACGGUUCCUAUUUCCACGCAUUUAUAAAAGCGGGGAUUUCUGUUGCGCACUAUGUCGGUCGGGCUGGAGUCUGGAUUUUCUAGCGAGGAGGUACUGAAUAUUCGCUUCCCUCUUCACCGGGCCUGCAGAGACGGAGAUGUGGGCGCGCUGUGCUCGCUUCUCCAGUGCAGCACAGAUCAGCUCUCUGUGGAAGACUCUUUCUACGGUUGGACACCGUUACACUGGGCUGCACACUUCGGCAAGCUGGAGUGUGUUAUGCGUCUAGUGCAGGUGGGAUGUGGUGUGAACUCCAUGACCUCUCGCUUUGCUCAGACGCCUGCUCAUAUUGCUGCCUUCGGAGGUCAUCCUCAAUGCUUGCUUUGGCUGCUGCAAGCUGGAGCUGAUAUUAACAGACAGGACUAUGUGGGAGAAACACCCCUCCACAAAGCGGCCCGGGCUGGCAGUAUUGACUGCAUUAAAACCCUGCUGCUCCAGGGAGCCAAGACAGACAUGAGGAACGCUAGUGGACUGACAGCAGCCGAUCUAGCCCAUGCCCAGGGCUUUCAAGAGUGUGCCCAACUGCUCUCCAAUGCCCAGAACCAGCAACUCUAUCAGCUUAAUGGGCUCUCAACCAACGGCUCUAUGUGCUAUGGGGACCGCAAGCUAAUCCAAGAGCGGGGCAUCCUUAAUGGGGUACCCAGUCGAAAGAGAUCCCUUGACUGCAUGGAGCCUAAUCAGAUUAAAAAGGCUAGAACUGAUGAUCCACGUUAUCAGGCAAUGAAUGGAGUUAACAGAUCCAGUGGAGGAGACCAGAUGGAGAACAUGCACAUGGAGUUUAGGCCAACAUUGAAUACCACAGAAGGACUUUCUUUAAAUGGACAUUGCCAUCCUGUGCAGCACCUCAACGGAGGAAAUCUAAAUGGGAAUUCAACCGUCCCAUCAGAGAUUGUGAAUGAGAGCGUUGGGCAUCAUGGUUACUUUGAUGGCCUACACUUUGGGCAUCAUAACGGCUUUGGAGAUACAGCUGAGAAUAUGGAGGAUGCCAGCAGUCAGAUAGAGCACCGCAAGUCAGUUAGUGCAGAGGAGCAGUAUGACCACAUCACUUUUAACAACAUGCACCUCUUUCAUGGGUGUUAAGAUGUCCUGUCCAGAGUCACAUGCCUUUUAUAAACAUACAGAAUGUGCUGAAUUGCUGUCUAUAUUACAUUCUCCUUUGUUAUUAGUUUCCUUUUUGUAAGUAAAAUCAGAACCUUUGCUUAAAAAUAUUAUAUUGUUAUUAUUCUCUAAUUGGGGCCAUUUAAAAAGAAACCCAGAGGCUCUUAAUUUUAUGUAUUAUUUUUGAGGACGUUGCCUGUAUUAAUGGUGCCUACUUAUAAAAUAUAAUUGUUUAUUGUCAGCUAUUAUGUUGUAAUUGGAGCUGUGUGUGAAUAAGUUGGUUGAUUCAUUUAAUAAAUCAUCUGUUUUCUAACA